GGUGUAAAUGUAUUCUUGUGGUAAAUUAAAAUCCCUAAAAUAAAGGGCGUUUUCUGUUCUUUCUUCUUCUUUUCCUCUGAAAAGCACGAAAGAAAAGCAGCGCAGUCUCUACCCUAAUAGUUCAUUCGCAAAUAUCAGUCUCGGAAACAUUUAUCCUCUCACUCGCGCAUUUCUAACCACGCUCUCUCUCUAGACAUUAAACAUGUCUGCUCGGAAAGAAACGGUUCUCGAUUUGGCGAAAUUUAUCGACAAAGGAGUUCAAGUCAAGCUUACUGGUGGAAGACAAGUGACAGGUACUCUGAAAGGAUAUGACCAGUUACUUAACCUUGUCCUGGAUGAAGCUGUUGAAUUUCUUAGAGAUCCUGAUGAUCCACUGAAAACUACAGAUCAGACCAGAAGUCUUGGCUUAAUUGUUUGCAGAGGAACUGCUGUCAUGCUCGUGUCCCCAACUGAUGGUACAGAUGAGAUCGCAAAUCCCUUUAUUCAGCCAGAUGGGGCCUAGGUGUAAAUGUAUGUAUAAAAUACCUUAUAUGUAUGCUAUCCAAGCCUCCCAUCAUUUUAGUUAUCAACCAUGAUUGUGAUCUGCUUGGCAUUUACACUCCUAUGUGGAACCACUUUACUUUUGAUGAAAACAAAUUGUGUUUUGUUUUUCUGAUUGAACUGAACAUUCCUAUAAUGUGAGUUCAGGUGCUUAGAUGACAAUGUGAUAUCAUAUCUUAUCCCUCCGUUUUUGUGUCAAUUGUCUAGUUUCUUAAGCUUUCAAAA